AUUAAAACCCAGGCUGCCACACCCGGACCUUCAAUUCAUCUGAUUACCGACAGCAAACUAGGGCCACAAGGAACUAAUGCACCUGUAGUUCAUUCUAGGGUGUGAUUUUCACGAGAUUGAACAUACCAGGGUCCACUAAGCUACACCAUGCUCCUAUAUGCCAAACGGGCACAGCCUAAACCCCCUAACACGCGGUCUCGAGCAGGAUGCACCUCCUGCAAGAACAAGAAGAGAAAGUGCGACGAGACCCGCCCCCAAUGUGGACGAUGUCAGAGUCACAACCUCGAUUGCGUCUAUGGACCUAUCAAGCCUCGUAAACGCCACGUGUUCAAGUCAACUCUAGCCUCCAACAACAGACUUGCUCGUUCGCUAUUAUCGGCAGCGACGUUGGUGAACAGCAUCUCGCUCUCGUCCCGACCCACGACUUGUUCUCAAGACAACCACGACCAAGACCCCGCUGUAGUUCAUCAUUCUGAUGACUGCAAUUCCCCCAGAUUGGAGGACGAAAUCGCCAAAGAUGGCGAAACUCCAGCUCACAGCCCGGAUUCAUCCCAGGUCAUCGACGCACAUCGCGGUAGCAGUCCAUCCUCAGCUGUUCCAGCGUCAAAUCCCACAGACUUCCCUUUAGGACCCAGCGUUUCCAGCUCUUCUUUCGCGGAUUUCUCAACACGUCGUAAUAGGCAAGAACUGCUCGCGCACUUCUGCACGGUUCUUUCUCGCCUCAUGGUUCUCGAGGAUAGAUGCGAGAAUCCAUUUAACCGAAUCAUACUUCCGCUCUGCCAGUACAGUCAACUGGUCAGAAAUGCAGUUUACACCCUAGCCAGCGCGCACCUCGAGUUUCACGGAGUUGCCAAUGACGAAAAGGCAGCGUUCUUCUACUCUAGAUCCACUAGAAACCUGGAGUACGAAAUCGGUGUUAAAGACAACAUGAAGCGGAAUGAACUGCUCGCAGCUUCCAUCAUAUUCAUCUACUACGAGGCGCUGUUUCAGAAUGCCCGAUCAACUCUCAUUAAGAAAUACCUUAAUGGCGUAUUGACCACCCUGGGAGAUGUUGCUACAGAUGCAAACACUGCAUUUCUAGAAGAUGCCUUUCGCUAUUACGAUGUAAUUUCAGGGCUCUCGUUAGGCACUGCGCCACUUUCUAGCGCCCCCAGAUUAAAACCUCGCUCCAGAACGCCAGUCUCUAAUCGAAGAGACUUAUCAUCUCCUGAUCACCACUUCGACACUCUUCUGGGGAUGUCCAAUUCGCUGUGGCCUAUAAUGCAUCGCCUCUCCAGCCUGGUUUCUCUGAGAGACCAGCUUGAUCAAACCGAUCCCGGAGAGGCGCUGAAAGUAGCAGUUUUGCGUGCCGAGUUGGAUUUCUCCGCGUCUGCUAUUGAAGCUGCCCUUUCAAGUUGGCAACCGGAGAUGUAUGCUGAAGAUGCACAUGGCGAGAACUUUGGAAAUGACUCUGAAGAAACAACUGAAACUCAGGCUCGUAUGCAAAGUCUUCUCUCCAAUUCUUUGGCAUAUCGACAUUCAGCCCUGAUAUACCUAUACCGGAGAAUCCGCUGCCUACCCCACAACCACAAACUUGUGUCACCACAAGCACAUCUGAGCCUCAAACAUUGCGUCAAAGUUGCAAAGAGUGCUGGCCCAAUGGGCGCGCUGCUCUGGCCACUAUUUAUAGCGGCAUGUGAGGCAACUAAUCUCAACGACCGCGAAAUGGCGACAAUAUCUUUUUCUUUGGCAAGAAAGCGGCAAGGCAUGAUGAAUAUCGAUAGAGCUUGGAUGCUUGUCCAAGAGAUUUGGGUGAGGCAGGAUGAAGAGGACCUGCUAGAUUUGGAGGAAACAGAUGCCUCAGUGGGGUUGGGAUUUAGAGAGGAGAUAUGGAGGACUGUUGGUAAUGAUAUGGGUAUAGGAGUUAUUCUCGGAUAAUUUCCUUCUUCAAGGAUAUUCUAUACAGUGGUUCGCUGGACUCUUUGCCAUAGCUAUAUAAGGGAACUAAGCGUUCUAUUAGCUUUAUCCUAGAGCGAUUCACAAAGAAUUUCCAGUCGGCCGUAAAUAGUAGCAAUGAUAAUGGGACUGAAAGAACUCGGGCUGAGGUAUAGAUAACCACUAGCUAUCUCCUAAUAUCUGAGCACUAAGCUCACAACAUCAAUCCAACGUUGGCC